CCUGAGGAGCGGGCGAUCCGGAAAGGGGCGUGUCCAGUGCGGGGUGUCUAUAACUGCUCCCUGGCUCGCAGUGCUACCGGUAACAGUUCUUGACAAGCACGAGGGUCGGGGACUGCUACCGCGAGCCGUUGCCGUUGCUGUCGCCGGCUGAGCGCCGGUUCCGUGUGGCACAGAUGGAGGCAGCGGCGCUGGCGGCUAACGGGCUCUCCCUGGCCACAGCCCUCUCCUCCCCCCCGCGCCCGGCAGCCCCCAGCGGCGGGAGGCUGGCCAGCUUCGGCCGCUCCUGCUCUCUGGAGCUCGGGGGCGAUUACAAGGGGCCGGUGCAGGUGCGGGUGCUGGUGAUCAACACGGGCGGCACCAUCGGGAUGGUGGAGGAGGAAAAAGGACUUGCUCCUGAAGCUAAUAAGUUAGCAAAGGCUCUGAAAAAAAUGCCAAUGCUGCAUGAUGAUGUAUAUGCAAAAGAAUCCAGAUUUCCUGAUGAAACCUUGGUGCUUCCUCUCUCUAAACAAAAUAAAAGAAUUAUCUAUACAAUUCUGGAACUUUCACCAUUGCUUGAUUCUUCUAACAUGACGACAGAUGAUUGGGCUAAAAUUUCCAAGAAGCUUGAGCAAUACUAUGAACAAUACGAUGGUUUUGUGAUCCUUCAUGGCACAGACACAAUGGCAUAUACAGCUUCGGCUUUAUCCUUCAUGUGUGAGAACCUGGGUAAAACCAUUGUUCUGACAGGAUCUCAGGUGCCCAUAUAUGAAUUGCGGAAUGAUGGUCGAGCCAACCUGCUGGGGGCACUGCUGAUUGCUGGGCAGUUUGUAAUUCCUGAGGUGUGCCUGUAUUUUUAUAAUAAACUAUACAGGGGAAAUAGGGUGACUAAGGUGGAUGCUGGGAGUUUUGAUGCCUUUUCCUCACCUAACCUGCCUCCACUUGCAAAUGCUGAGGUUGAUAUUACAAUUAACUGGGAGACAGUGUGGAGAGCCGACACCACACAGAAGUUCAGGGUUCACACAACCAUGAAUGGGAAUGUUGGGGUACUGCGAAUCUUCCCAGGAAUUAAUGCUGCCACUGUGAAGGCAUUUCUUCAGCCUCCAAUGGAGGGCAUUGUACUUGAAACUUACGGAACUGGCAACGCACCAAGUAAUCGAGAAGAUUUGCUACUAGAACUGAAGAAAGCAACCGAACGAAAAGUAGUGAUUCUGAAUUGUACCCAGUGCUUACGCGGGAGUGUUGUUGCAGUCUAUGAAACUGGACAGUCUCUCUCUGAUGUAGGAGCAAUUCCAGGGGGUGAUAUGACACCUGAAGCAGCCCUAGCUAAACUUUCAUACAUACUGAGCAAACGUGAUCUUUGCUGGGAGGAGAAGAAGAAGAUGCUGAGUGAGAAUCUGAGAGGAGAAAUGACUGUAGUACCCAGAGAAGCCAAGAUCUGUCUUAAAGAUACAAAGUUUAUUCAAGUUAUUGCCAAAUCUCUAAGUGUCAGCUGCAAAGAGGAGCUAGAAGCCAUUAGAGAUGUAUUAAUUCCUUCUUUGGCCUGUGCUGCAGCUAAAAUAGGUGACAUAGGUGCACUAGCAGCCAUAAGAGAAAUGGGUGGAAACUUGAGCUGUGAAGAUUAUGAUGGUCGAACUCCACUUCAUAUUGCAUCAAGUGAAGGAAAUUUGAAACUAAUUGAGUAUUUACUGACAUAUGGAGCAUCUGUUCAUGCUAAAGACAUGUUUGGUGCUACUCCACUGAUGUAUGCCGUCAAAUUCAGGCAAUUAGAAGUGAUUCACUUACUACGUGAAACUGGAGCUCACCUUUCCAGCCAAGAGGUAGAGAACAUUGGAACAGAACUUUGCCGCCUUGCUGCUAAUGGUGAUAAGGAAGGGUUGUAUGUCUGGUAUCUCGCUGGUGCAAACCUGGAACAAACUGGUUAUGAUGGCAGAACUGCCUUUCAAAUAGCAGAGGCUACAGGGCAUAAGGCGCUCCUAGAUUUUUUUAAUGAAAUGAAGAUCAUGAAAGGUUAUGCAAAAUGAACAUUGC